AUGACCGAGACAUACACCCGCGACGAGGUCGCCAAGCACAACACCGAGGACUCGGUCUGGUUCAUCGUCGAUGCCAAGGUCUACGAUGUGACGGAUUUUCUCGACGCACAUCCUGGUGGCGAGGCCGUCUUGAGGCAGGUCGCCGGCCAGGACGCGACCUCGGCCUUCUACAACCUCCACAGGCACGAGGUGCUCUCAAAGUACGACGACCUCCAGAUCGGCACCAUCAAGGGCGAGAAGCCCUCAGUCAUCACCCCCCAGCCCGGCGACCUGUCCACGGUGCCCUACGCCGAGCCUCUGUGGCUCACGCCUGUCUUCAAGUCCCCUUACUACAACGAGAGUCACCGCCGGCUGCAAAAGGCUGCGCGCAUCUUCAACGAUGAGAUCAUGACGCCCUACGCACAGGAAAGAGAGGCUGAUGGCAAGUAUAUCGAGCAGCAUUUCAUUGAGACGCUCUCCAAGAAGGGCAUCCUCCACAUGCGCCUGGGCCCCGGCAAGCAUCUCCACGGCGUUGACUUGCUCGACGGCGCCGUCAAGGGCGAGGAGUUUGACUACUUCCACGAUCUGAUCAUGGCGCAGGAGGGUGUACGCGCCAACGCCCGCGGCUUCCAGGACGGCACUCUGGCCGGCAUGGUCAUCGGUCUGCCUUGCAUCAUGAACUUCAUGAAGGACGAGAAGCGCAGGAAGACUAUCAUGGACGAUUGCUUCAGUGGCAAGAAGAAGAUUUGCUUGGCAAUCACCGAGGCCUUCGCUGGCUCAGAUGUCGCCGGCAUUCGCUGCACCGCGACAAAGACACCUGAUGGGAAGCACUACAUUGUGAACGGCACAAAGAAAUGGAUUACAAACGGAGUAUUCUGCGACUACUUCGUGACUGGUGUCAAGACCGACAAGGGUCUGAGCGUGCUCCUCAUUGAGCGCGGCGAGGGAGUCGAGACCAAGCCGAUUAAGACCUCUUACUCUCCGUCGGCAGGAACGACCUACAUUACCUAUGACAAUGUCAAGGUGCCUGUGGAGAACCUCCUGGGUGAGGAGAAUAAGGGCAUUUAUGUCAUCCUGUCCAACUUCAACCACGAGAGGUGGACGAUGUGUGCAGCAAGUGUUCGACAAAGCAGAUACAUCGUGGAGGAGUGCCUGAAGUGGGCGCAUCAGCGGAUUGUCUUUGGCAAGCGGUUGAUUGACCAACCCGUCAUCAGAUUCAAGCUGGCCAAGAUGAUCGCACUUGUGGAAAGUCACCAGGCCUGGCUCGAGCAGAUUACAAACUCCAUGUGCCAGAUGCCCUACUCGGAGCAGUCGAAGCAUCUCGGCGGUCCCAUUGCCUUACUCAAGAUGAGCGUCACCCGUGCCGCCCACGAGAUUGCGGACGAGUCGAUCCAGAUCUGGGGAGGCCGUGGCCUAACCCAGACCGGCAUGGGCAAGAACAUUGAGAUGUUCAACAGGACAUACAAGUUCGAUGCCAUUCUCGGUGGAUCAGAAGAGGUCUUGGCGGAUCUCGGUGUGAGACAAGCCAUGGCAAAGAUGCCCAAGGGUGCCAAGCUCUAG